AUGGCGCAUCCCUCCAUCAAGAUCGACACCAACGUCCAGAGCACCAAGCGUGGCCUACCAGAUAACGAUGCGGGGAUCGACAUUCUGGAGCAGGGAAAUCCCCGGUUAGAGACAGGGAACACGGACGAUGUCCCACCGUUCCUGUGCCAAUCGGUGACAGAGAUUCAUGACAAGUUUGAGGAUCUGGAGUGGAUACAGAGGACUCGCAUUUCGGAUGGAUUGUUGUCAAAUGAUCCUGCUCAUCCGUAUGCGAUCGAGACAGACCCAAAAGUCAAGGCGAGGAAUCGGUACCUGAAUGUGCAGGCGUAUGCGAACUAUCGCAUUCAUCUGCAGGUCCCCGAGGGCGAAUGCGAUUUUAUUAAUGCCUCUCCGAUUGUCCUGAGGAACUCGGUAACGCAGGACGAAUUGAAGUAUAUCGCGACGCAGGGACCUAAACUUGGACAGCUUUCACACUUUUGGCAUAUGGUCUUUCACGAGAGCAAAGAUGUGGGCGUCAUUAUAAUGCUCACUCAGACCUUUGAAGCCGGUCGGGAAAAAUGCGCCCAAUAUUUCCCAUUAGAUCUAGACCAACCGACGAUGGAUAUUCCAUUCGAGGAGCCUUUCGAUUCCUUGAAUGAAGCUCAGCCAGACGACCAGCCCAGUCUUCUGGGCAAAGUGACACUUUUGGAAUCCUUCUUUGACGAUGCCUCGUGCUCCGAGGUUCGCAAAUUGGAGUUGACUAUUGGAUCCGAAUCCAAGAUUAUUUGGCAUUACCUGUUUGCGGGCUGGGCAGAUCAUUGCAAGCCCGAGGGGCACGACCGCCAAGGAUUGUUGGAACUCAUUAAGCUGUCGGCCUCCAAAUGCGACUCGGAUAAUCCACGGGUGGUUCACUGUAGCGCCGGUGUUGGCCGGACUGGAACCUUCAUCGCCCUCGAUCACCUCUUGCGCGAACUUGAAUCGGGCCAGCUGCUGCAGGUAACCGACACCGAAGCCGAUCCGGUUUAUGAGUGCGUCAACCAGAUGCGCGAACAACGCAUGAUGAUGGUGUACAAUGAGCUCCAAAUGCAAUUCAUCUAUGAGGUCCUCCGCGAGCAAACCGACGUCAAGCUGGGCAAGUACCCGCCCGAGUCACCUGGAAGCCAGCAUGAGCCACGAUCUGCCAAAUUACGCAAGUUGAGUGACCCAUCAGGAUAUGUACCGGCGUCGAAGCCCGAAUUGGAGCCCGUCCCGGACCGAAUCGAGACUCCGACGCGAAGCUGGUCUGGGACCCCUGAGGUCUCCGAUAACGAGUAG